AUGCCGUACUUCCCCAUGAACACAGGCUUCCCUACGACGCAGGCUUCAAAAGAUGCAGCUGCUUCCGAGGGGAAAUCGGAUGGGAAAUCAGAUGGGAAAUCGGACACGCCUCAGUUGAGGCCUCCGGCUUCAAUCCAGGUGAAGAAUCGCCGGAAGCGCUACCUGGAGAAGCAUCCAGAGUAUUUCUCUGCAGAUCUCGAGAUGGCCGACCCUUUACUAUACGAUCGCCUCAUCCGUCGUUUCCAGACGCCUGAAGAAAGACAGGCCGAGGGACGUGCCAAAGGCUUCUCCGGCAUUCUGCAUGCCGAUCUGAUGCGAUCAGAGGCUAAGAUGGAAGCCCUCGCUAACCCGGACCCUAACGCGAUGUUCAGCUACAGGCGCGGACCUAACGGUGAAAUCAUCGCCGAGGACAAAGACGAUAUACCCGCUACCAAGGAAGAGGGCGAAAAGCGCUGGCGCGAGGAGAUGGAGCUGCGCUUCUUGAGAGGCGCAGAUUACGACUUCGACUACAAGACCGUGGACGAGAAUGACGAGUAUGAUGAUUGGAACGAGGAACAAGAGCGAUACUUUGAUGAAGAAGAGCCUGAAUGGAUCAUUGAAGAUGGGCACGAAGGCGAGGAUCCUAAGUCCAGAUUAAAAGGGGAAACGGGGAUACAAGACUUUUGA